AUGAUCUGGGUAAAUGAGAGCAUCCCACAGGAGUUCAUUCUGCUAGGCUUUUCAGAUCGACCAUGGCUGGAGCUUCCACUCUUUGUAGUGUUUCUGGUUUCUUAUAUCUUGACCAUCUUUGGCAAUAUGGCAAUAAUCCUUGUGUCACGACUCGAUUCCAAACUCCACACACCUAUGUAUUUUUUCCUUACCAACCUCUCCCUCCUGGACCUCUGCUAUACCACUAGUACAGUCCCACAGAUGCUGAUAAACAUAUGCAGCACUAGGAAGGUAAUUAGUUACAGUGGUUGCGUGGCCCAGCUUUUCAUUUUCCUAGCUUUGGGUUCCACCGAAUGUCUUCUCCUGGGUGUUAUGUCCUUCGACAGGUUUAUAGCUAUUUGUCGGCCUCUCCAUUACUCGGUUAUUAUGCAUCAAAGGCUCUGCCUCCAGUUGGCAGCUGCGUCCUGGAUUAGUGGCUUCAGCAAUUCAGUGUUACAGUCCACGUGGACUCUGCACAUGCCACUGUGUGGCCACAGAGAAGUGGAUCAUUUCUUCUGUGAAGUCCCUGCACUGCUCAAGUUGUCCUGUGUGGACACAACAGCAAACGAAGCGGAACUCUUCUUCAUCAGUGUGUUAUUUCUUUUAAUCCCCGUGAUACUUAUCCUUAUAUCCUACGCUUUCAUUGUUCAAGCAGUGUUGAGAAUACAGUCAGCAGAAGGGAGGCGGAAGGCAUUUGGAACGUGUGGCUCCCACCUCAUUGUAGUGACACUUUUUUAUGGCACUGCCAUCUAUAUGUAUCUGCAACCACCUUCCCCCAACUCCAAAGACAGAGGAAAGAUGGUGUCCCUCUUCUAUGGAAUCAUCACGCCCAUGCUGAACCCCCUCAUCUAUACUCUAAGAAACAAAGAGGUGAAGGGAGCUUUUAAGAGGCUGAUUGCAAGGAUCUUCUUCAUAAAAAAAUAA